AUGGGACGGAAGAAACAGGGCAAGUUUGUGCGACAUGACAACAAAGGAAAAGAAAAACGACACAAAGUGAAAGGGAAAACAUUAGAGGCUUUUACAGAAGAAAUGCACUGUGCAUUUGAAGCAAGUCUUCACAAAGAUGAUGUGGGAGCAGAGACCCCCCAAAUGAAGCUACCUUGCCCCCUUGCCAUGUGGGAGUUGGGCCACUGUGACCCUAAGCGUUGCACAGGCCGAAAACUAGUACGAAAGGGUUUCGUACGCAACCUCCGCCUAAAUCAGAGGUUUAACGGACUGAUUUUGAGCCCUAUGGGUACAAAAUAUGUGACGCCAGCUGACAGGGAGAUUGUGGCCCAGCAAGGACUAGCAGUAAUUGAUUGCUCCUGGGCCAAACUUGAGGAGACCCCGUUCAACAAGAUGGUUGGAAGUCAUCCACGGUUGCUACCUUACCUCGUCGCUGCAAACCCGGUCAACUACGGGAAGCCGUGCAAAUUAUCUUGCGUCGAGGCCUUUGCAGCCACUUUUUGUAUUGUCGGUUUCGAGGAACUGGCUGUGCUGCUAUUGAAGAAAUUUAAGUGGGGGACUGUGUUCCUGGAGCUUAAUAAAGUUCUGCUGAAGAGUUAUGCUGCCUGCCAAUCAGAGGAAGAGCUUCUUGCUGUGGAGAAGGAAUUUCUAACUUCUAAACCAGAAGAGGAGGAAAUAGAUCCAUUUGACGUCAACUCGGGAGUUGAAUGUAUGAAUCUCAACAGACGUCAUUGGGAACCUGAUGAGGAGGAUUCCAGCGAGGACAACGACACGUCAGAUGGCGAGAAUGAUGAUGAGGACACUGAUGAUGAAGCAGAAGAUGGUGAAAAACAUAAUGAGUCAGAAAAUGUCUCAGACGUUGAAGAGGAAGUGGCUGCAGCAAAGUCGUCACAUUAA